GUCCACAUGCAACAGAACAGCUGGACUAACCUGCUCUGCAAGGGAGCCCUAACCCUGACCACCUGCAGGAAACGCUGAGAGACGGACCUCCCGAAUCCCAUGAAAAGAACAAAACCAACACACUUUGUGCCAAACUGAGAUGGAGGGUUAGUACCUGGGUCGGUUUUCGGUCUGAUCUAGCAGAGGAUUUGGAGUUGGGACUUUUUGAUGAUGACUUUCGCCAUGCUGCGGCCUGUGGCGACACACUUGAUCUAUUCAGACUUCGCCAUCACGUCCGAGGACGAUGAAAACCGCAGCGAAAGCGACGGCAGCUCGGAGCAAAGUUACUGCAGCUCCACCGAAAAACGGAGAAGGAUUUCCUGCAAGCUGGACGCAGACUCCGGCGUGGUGAUGAAGCAGAGGAGCGCGGCCAACGCCAGGGAGAGAGGCAGGACCCAGAGUGUCAACACCGCCUUCACGGCUCUCCGGACUCUCAUACCCACCGAGCCAGUGGACAGAAAGCUCUCCAAAAUCGAAACUCUUCGACUGGCAUCCAGCUACAUUUCCCAUCUGGCCAACGUGCUUCUUCUCGGGGACGGCGGCGCUGAGCAGCCGUGCCUCGGCGCGGGUCAUGCGCAAGGAGAGAGCGGGGCGCAGCAGCCGCGCACCAUCUGCACCUUCUGUUUGAGCAACCAGAGGAAAGGGAUAAAAGAUGGCAAAGACUGUUUAAAGCUGCGAGGACUGGGUCCGCUGCGAGUGAGACGCUGACAGACGACCAGUGAAUGAUGAGCAACCUGAAAAUCCUCAAAGACUUUCUCAGGGAA